AGGAACCAACAACAUAGGGCGCUCUGGGACUCUCUAUCUCACUGGUUGAUGUGUCCCGCUCUCGAUAGUGGGUGGUGCAUCGUGAUCCGCUCUGCCCGCCUCUGUCGAUGGUGUCGGAGGUCCCGGAAGCGUAGCCGGGACUGUUGGCGAUGAUGGCGGAGAGUCCGGCUGCUGAGGAGGCAGCUUCGGCCGCGGUGCUGGCGGCCCCGACAGGCGGAGGGCCGGGAUCCGGAGCUGGUGGCGGAGGCACGGGCGUCUUCCUGCCAGCCGAGCUGUGGGCGGUGGCGGGGUUGGGUUCGGCAGGAGGCGGAUCUGGAGCGGGAUCUGGAGUCGGGUCUGCGGGAGCCUCGGUGCCCGGAAUUCCCCCUGCUGCCGCCGCCGCUGCCGCCGCCGCCGGAGUGCUCCUUUCACAUUCGGCCUUUUGGGACCCCACGACUAGUGGCGACUGGGACGGAGAGAGGCCGAGCGCUGCCUGCCUGCUCCGCAUCAAACGGGAUAUUAUGUCAAUCUAUAAGGAACCACCUCCUGGAAUGUUUGUCGUACCUGACCCUCACGAUAUGACCAAGAUUCAUGCGUUGAUCACAGGCCCCUUUGACACGCCUUACGAAGGGGGUUUCUUCUUGUUCCUGUUUCGCUGUCCUCCAGAUUAUCCCAUCCAUCCGCCACGGGUCAAACUGAUGACAACUGGGAAUAAUACAGUGAGGUUUAACCCUAACUUCUACCGAAAUGGGAAGGUCUGCCUCAGUAUUCUAGGCACGUGGACUGGUCCAGCCUGGAGUCCUGCGCAAAGCAUUUCUUCGGUGCUUAUAUCUAUACAGUCUUUAAUGACUGAGAAUCCCUAUCACAAUGAACCUGGCUUUGAACAGGAAAGGCAUCCAGGAGACAGUAAAAAUUACAAUGAGUGCAUUCGACAUGAGACUAUCCGCAUUGCUGUGUGUGACAUGCUGGAAGGGAAAUGCCCUUGUCCAGAGCCUUUACGUGGAGUUAUGGAGAAGUCCUUCAUGGAAUAUUAUGAUUUUUAUGAGGGGGUGUGCAAAGAGAGGCUUCACCUCCAGGGACAGUCCAUGCAGGACCCCUUUGGGGAGAAGCGAGGACACUUUGACUACCAGUCCCUUCUAGCACGUUUGCAGGGAAUCCGCCUGAAGGUGCAGGAGAAGCACCAGCAGGAGAAUCCAGACAUAGACUCAGAAAGCAGCUCUUCUGAAACAGAAACAGACACUCAAGGGAGCAUUAAGAUUUAGAUGCUUCCCAUCUGAUCACUUGGGAAUCCAAAACGUGGGGGUGGGAUCUUCCAACUCCAGGUGCUGUGGAGGACCCCAGAGAGACCUAAGAACUGGUUUAUGUUCCAGAGUGAGCACACAAGUGGAGAAACAGCCUUUUGUUAUCUCCAUCAAGUGCUCUGGUACAUCCUGUUAAAAGAGGAUUUGAUGCUAAAACUGAACUGGGCUUGUGAGAGGCUGCAUUUUGGAAAUGACCUUUCCCUCUGCUGGAAACCUCUGAGUAAAUGAUACACAAAAAAGGCAUUUUGGAAAAACCUGUGGUAGGCAGGUUUAUGUCCCCCUUUCCCCCAGUUCUCAAAGAGCAUGAGAUAAAGCAUGGCUCCUUGUUCCUUUGUCCUUGUUUCAUAAAUGUACUGCAUAUUCCUAGCACCUCCCUCCCAGCUUGUUUCUACACCUUGAUGGGCUCCCAGCAAUUGAGUCUGUUAAAGCACUUUUUGACCAUUUGUACAUCACGUCCUAUUUCUUCAGAUCUGGUGCAUUGUAGCUUCCCAGUCGGGUUGGUAUUGCCUGUCCUAGACAGACCAAAGAGGAAGAAUUUCUGCUGGAACUGGGCUUUGUUUUGGGUUUUUUUUUUUAAACAAACAAGUUUCCACAGCUUUACUAAAUUCUUGUUUUCCUGACUUUCACCUGGAGUUCAAGCAGGAAAGGAGUAAAAUGCAACCCAGGAAAAGAAUUAAUGUUUUCAGCCUACUGUGCAAGUCAACCUUCAGCUUUCCAAAGUAAACUUUACCUCGUUUCACUGACCAUCUUUUGUGGCUCUAAAGGAGAAAGAAUCUUUCUCUCCCUUGGUAAGAUGGAUAUAAUUUCAGGGGUGGGUUAGGCAUUAUAGUUUAGGAGAAGUAAUGAUUGCAGAAGAGAAGUACAAAUAAGUGCAGCAGCACAAACAAAUUAGCAUGCUUAUCUGAAGUAGCUCUGGCUUCCAUGCUUUUUUGGGGAGGCGGGGAGAACAUAGCUAGGAGUUUGGUGACAGAGAAGGAAGAAACGUGGUCCGUGUCUAUUAGACUGUUAAGCCUGGGAAGUAAAUUGUUGAACUAUCCUGUCAAAGGAUUGGGUCUUAUUUUAGUAAGAGCUUGUUGAAACUGAAAUAUGGAGUUGCACGGUAGUAGAUGAGUCUAUAAAAUCUGCCAUAAAUCCCUUCUUCCAGAUUGUAUCUAUGGUAUAAAAAAGGUUCCAGCCUACUGAAGAUUUUUUUUUAAGUGUGGAAAGUUUAACUCUUUCUAGAGAAGAUCCAGGAGACUUAGCACUUUUAGAAACUGCUUUAAGCCUUUUGAAAACUGGAAGAAAGUUCCUGAUUAUUGAUGCACAUGGUAAUCUGAAGCAGGGAGCUAUCCUGGUAGGAAAGUUUGCAUUCAGCCUUCAGCCUAGUAAUAUAAAUGGAUCCCUGCUGGUACCCUCUAUCCAUCCCACCUCUUUCUUUAAAGAUCCGGUAUGCCCAUAGGCAGUGAUUUUCUUUCCAGCUGUUCUUGUACUUCCUUUGGGAUAUAAGAGAGGGCAUUCUGCUGCUCAAAGUAUCCUGCAGCUUUGGAUGUUGGAAAAACUGAUUACAUCUAAUUUGAGAACAGGGUGGAAUUGUUUCUCUGUUUUCCCUCUCCCCCAAAAGAGACUCUCCAAGGGACAUGGAUAGCUGGUGGAAUCUGAAAAAAAAAAAUUGCAAUACAAGUUUACAUGUAGACUCCUUGUGAAGGGAAGGCCUCAAGAGGCGGAGCGAAUUGUAUCAUGUUCAUUUAAUCUCAUUAGGUACAAUCCCACAAAAGUCAGAUUUACUUGUUCUCUUCCCAUCUCCCCAAAAAUCAAAGGGAUGUAAGUGCACAGUUAAUUUUUUAAGUCCUGCUGGAAUCAGUGAGACUUAGGCCUUACGCACUCUGUGCCAACUGAAUAAAUUUGGGUUUCCCCAUGCAAGAUUCACUAGGGCUAGAAGUGCUUCUGGUUAGAGCACUAUGAUUUCAAGGGAUCUUAACUCCAGACGCAUGUUGGCUGUUGAACCAUUGCAUACAUUUCUUUAAAACAAAACAUGAAAAAUGCCUUAUUUUUCAUGUGGCUCGCAUGUGGGUGUAAGAAAAAAAAAGGAAUCUGAUUUUGUAGCUGCCCAUGAUCAUCUGUCUUCUGAAUGUUUCCAUUUCAAGAAGUGACAAUCCUAGAUGACUGAUCUAGACAAACGUUAGUGACAUAAUUUUAGGCCUAACAAGCUUAAGGAAAACAAGAAACAAAUGCACAAGGGUCUUCAAAUAAAGAAACCUUGUUUAUAUACAGUUGUAAAUAAGGGUUUUUUUGGUGCAAUAAAGUUUGUUUUGGCAGGA